AUGUGGCUUUCUAAAAGUUCUAGUACUAACUUCUAUGGUGGCGGACAACGCAAGGCAAACGCCAUUGUGGCGGUAGCUAUCGACAAGGAUAAAUACAGCCAACACGCUCUCAAAUGGGCUAUUGAACAACUUCUCACCCGUGACCAAACCAUUGUUCUCGUCCAUGUUAAUAACAAAACUCCCACCACAGCAGGGGCAACCCCUGAUGGAAACAAGCUACAAAAUGAUAAAGUAAUGAAAGAUUUGUUCCUCCCUUUCCGUUGCUUCUGUACGCGUAAACAUGUACAAUGCAUAGAGGUUGUACUUGAAGAGAGCAACAUAGCAAAAGCAUUGGCAGAAUAUGCUUCUCAAUAUGCAAUUGAAUUCUUGGUGUUAGGUGCCGCCUCGCGACAUGGUUUCAUCAGAUUUAACAAGUCUGAUGUUCCUACACACGUAAUGAAGGCGGCCCCGGAAUUCUGCACUAUUUAUGUGAUAUCCAAAGGAAAGAUUUCUAGUGCAAAAAAAUCAGUAAAACCUGCCCCAUUUGUUUCUCCAUUGUAUGAGCAAAUCCAAGAGCAAUCUAAUGCAGCCACAAUUGCCAACACCUUUGCAUCAGUUACACCCCCUAGCAAUUUUAAUGUCAGAGAUAAUCCGUUAGUUGCACCCGAAAAGUUACCAGAGAAGCCUCGUCCAGUUCUUGAAGAACUCGGAUCAUUUAAAUCACCAUUUGCCCGACCCGGAAAAGCACCAAAUGCAAAGUUGCUGAUGCUUGGAGACCUUACAGAAUCUGAAACUGACAUAUCAUUUAUAGGUGACGGAAGGCCCACCACUGAUCCGAUCUCCGAUUCUUUGGAUAAUGACAUGGACUUGAGCCCAACUGCAACUACAUCCUCGCGUAUGUCAAACAGUUCAGAUCAUGUUUUAGGCCCGGCUUAUGCUAAAGCCCGUGGAUCUGUAGAUUUUUCAUCUUCAUCUCAGAGUAAUAUGGACGAAGACAACGAAAUGAAAAGGCUGAAGAUGGAUCUCAUGAGGACAAUGGAAUUAUACAGUACAGCCUGCAAAGAAUCACUUACCGCAAAAGAAAAGGCGGGAGAAUUGCAACGGUGGCGUGACGAAGAAAAACAAAAAAUGGCGGAAGAGAUGAGGAAAAUGGGCGAUCAAGAAAAAAACAAAGGCAGGGCAGCAUUGGAGAAAGCAGAAGCUUCUAAUAGAAUCGCAGAACUGGAUUCAAAUAGAAGAGUGAUUGCUGAAAUGAAACAACUUACGACAGACGAUAAUGAUGAUGACCAUAAAUUUAAUUAUCAUAGAUACACCAUUGAAGAGAUAGAAGAAGCAACACAGUAUUUUUCAUCGUCCGUAAAAAUCGGUGAAGGGGGCUAUGGUCCUGUUUAUAGAGGUCGCCUCAGUAAUUAUGAUUGUGCGAUUAAGGUUUUACGUCCGGGUGCUGCACAGGGAAGGUCACAGUUUCAGAAAGAGGUGGAAGUGUUAAGUUGCAUACGGCAUCCAAACAUGGUACCAUUCUUAGGAGCAUGUCCAGAAUACGGUUGUCUGGUGUACGAAUACAUGUCUAAUGGCAGCUUAGAAGAACGGCUACUCCGAAGAGGAAACACCCCACCAUUAUCAUGGCAAACCAGAUUUAAAAUUGCGUCAGAGAUAGUUACAGGCGUCUUAUUUCUCCAUCAAACCAAACCUGAGCCCAUAGUUCACCGCGACCUGAAGCCCGGUAACAUUCUUCUAGACCAAAACUUUGUAGGCAGGAUAAGUGAUGUGGGUCUAGCGCGGUUACUCCCUCCUUCAAUAGCCGAGGACAUCACUCAGUACCGUAUGACAUCAACGGCUGGCACCUUUUGUUAUAUUGAUCCUGAGUAUCAACAAACCGGGAUGCUUGGGGUGAAAUCGGAUGUAUAUUCUCUAGGGAUCAUGUUGCUGCAGAUGAUUACAGCCAAACCCGCAAUGGGUUUGAGUCAUCAUGUUGAGAAUGCUAUUGAAAAGGGAACGUUUGAUCAGAUGUUGGACCCAUGUGUGCCUGAUUGGCCUCAAGAUGAAGCGCUUGGGUUUGCGAAAUUAGCAUUGCAAUGCGCUGAGCUUAGGCGGAAAGAUAGACCCGAUUUAGGGAAGGUGGUUUUGCCUGAGCUUACUAGAUUGAGAGAUCUUGGUGAAGAGAGUAUGCCGGUAUGAUCUACAAAAGUACCUAAUAGAUUAGUUAUUGUGGAUUUGGUUUUAUCUCUAACAGGCAGAUAAAAGAAAAAAGAUCUGCUAAACCUUACACGGGUCAGGAAUCAAAGUGAUUAAAAGUUGUACAGAAUGUAUUUUUGGUACAUAAAACCUCGUAAGUCGUUAUAUUUA